AUGAGCGCCUCUGGAGAAUUCACCCGUACGCAGAUCUUCGGCACUGUGUUCGAAAUCACGUCCCGUUACACCGACCUUAAUCCGGUUGGUAUGGGUGCUUUUGGCCUUGUUUGCCUGGCGGUCGACAAGCUUACUGGGCAGAACGUGGCGGUGAAGAAGAUCAUGAAACCGUUUUCCACUUCGGUGCUUGCCAAGAGAACCUACCGUGAGUUGAAGUUGCUUAAGCACUUGCGCCACGAGAACUUGAUCACCCUUGAGGAUAUCUUCUUGUCGCCUUUGGAGGACAUUUACUUUGUCACCGAGCUCCAGGGCACGGAUCUCCACCGUUUGUUGACGUCUCGUCCGUUGGAGAAACAGUUUAUUCAGUACUUCACCUACCAGAUCUUGCGUGGUCUCAAGUACGUGCACCUGGCUGGCGUCAUCCACAGAGACUUGAAGCCGUCCAAUAUUCUUAUCAACGAGAACUGUGACCUAAAAAUCUGUGACUUUGGUUUGGCUAGAGUUCAGGACCCGCAAAUGACGGGUUACGUGUCUACGCGGUACUACCGUGCCCCAGAAAUCAUGUUGACGUGGCAAAAGUACGAUACUGAGGUGGAUAUCUGGUCUGUGGGCUGUAUUUUGGCCGAGAUGAUCGAGGGCAAGCCGCUUUUCCCGGGAAGAGACCACGUCCACCAGUUUUCCAUCAUCACGGAGCUCUUGGGCCUGCCUCCACCUGAUGUCAUUGAGACCAUUUGCUCGGAAAACACCUUGCGUUUCGUCCAGUCUUUGCCUCGCAGAGAACCUAUUCCAUUUAGUGAACGUUUUGGCCAGUGCACUCACGUGGAGCCCGAGGCGAUCGAUUUGCUUUCCAAGAUGCUUAUUUUCGACCCCAAGAAGCGUAUUUCCGCUGCUGAUGCCUUGACCCACCAGUACAUGGAGCCAUACCACGACCCUACCGAUGAGCCAGCCUGUGAAACCAAGUUCGACUGGAGUUUCAACGAUGCUGACUUGCCUGUGGACACUUGGCGCGUGAUGAUGUACUCUGAGAUCUUGGACUUCCACCAGAUGAGCGGAGCUGGCCAGGAUCCAUCUUUGCUGGGCGAUGUGGCCCAGGCACAGGCCAAUUUGAUGCAGGGCGAACCGGCCUUGGUGAAGGAGGGCCAGCUUGCUCUGGACGACCAGAAACAGGAGCAGCCACAGCAGACGUAA